AUUAUUCUUUUCUUUUCACCUUCUUUCUUUCGCUCAUAUGUAAACUGUCAUCACUCUACAGACCACAGGUCAUGACUGGUCUUAAUCAAGUCAGACCACAUCAGCUCAGCUCCUUCUUCCACUUCUUCUUUUUCAUUACUCUCCUUUAUCCUGUCAUCACUCCACAGACCCAAACCUCACCCACCAAUCUGACCUUCCAUUUACUCUCUCUUUGAAUAUAAACACAAAGACGAGAACACUACACUUGGGUUUGUAAGAAUUUUGACAAAGAUUAUUUCUUUCUUAAGUAGCUAAGCUAGCUGAAAAGAAUGAGUAAGCGUAGUAGACCAAGCGAGAUGCCCAGUAUCAACCUCAAGGUUAAGAGUCAGGAUGGGCAAGAUCUGUACUUUAAGAUUAGGUCGGACACAAAGUUCAUCAAGCUCUUCACUGCCUACUGUGACAAGCGCCAAUAUGAAUAUAGGACCAUCCAAUUCUUCCAUGACGGCCAACGCAUUCUUGGGAGCCACACACCAGCUAGACUUAAUAUGGAGGAUAAUGACGAAAUUGAAGCCAUGACUCACGCACUUGGAGGUGGUUGCAGUGGCAUCUGACAAACAUGCAAAAGCUCAAAUCUGUUAAUGUAUUUCCACAAACCUGUACUCAAUCAAAGUCAGUCUUUAAAGUUCACUUUUUCAUAUAUUUAUAAUUAGUUAGUGUUAUGUGUAAUGAGUAGUGUCCAGCUUUUAGUUUUAGUUAAUAUUAUGUUACAUGACAAACUAAAUAUGGUUCUGGAUUAUCAAGGGUGGCCAACUUUUGGUUGAUAUUAUGGUA